AUGGCCGAGCUGACAAAUGACCGGAGAACGAGAACAUCAAAAGUCGCAAAUACAUGUAAAACGGCUGCUGGGUUACUCACCACUGCGAACAUAGCUGAGUUUUGCUGCUUUUGCAAAUCAAACAGUCAUUUAACGGAAAAUUGCAAAACGACGUUAUCGCUUGCAGAGAAGAAGACAAUUUUGAAAAGCAUGGGGUAUUGCUUUAAAUGCACCAAAAAGGGACACAAUGCUAAGCGAUGCUUCAAUAAACGUGUAAAGUGUUCUCUUUGUGGAAGUAAUCAUGCUACGUCUAUGCACGACCCAACAUACCGACCUAAAGCUAAAAAUACAACAACAGUAGCACCUUCAACAACAACGGUAGCACCUGCAACAAACCCUUGUGGCUCAACAACAACAUUGUAUGCAUCAGCUUUACUGCAAACAGAAGAGGUACUUCUUCGAACGGCUACUAUUAUAGCUUCGAGUAAUUCAAGUUCUGUGCCAGUACGAAUAAUUCUAGAUGGUGGCUCGCAGCGUACGUUUGUCAAAGAAAACAUUGUAACGAAACUACAACUCGACACACAUGAUACCGUUAAGCUACGUAUUUUACCAUUUGGAGAUUCGAAUAACUCUGAGCCAAAGCUCUUUAAACGCGUUCGAAUUAAACUACGUAGUUUACAUUCAGACGAGGCGAACGAAAUCCUGGCUAUAGUCGUGCCAGAAAUUUGCUCUACUGCAUUCCAGUAUGUUCGUAGCACAGAAUUGGACAUCCUUGGCCUUAAGUUAGCGGAUACUUCAUAUUUAAAUGAAACGGAAUUCGAAAUCGGAAUGUUAAUAGGGGCCGAUAUUUACUGGUCCAUAGUAAAAGACGACUUCAAAAGAAUAACCGACAACCUUGUCGCCAUUGACACCAUUUUCGGAUGGACACUACAAGGACCUAUAUCGACCCAAGGCACGUCAGUAACAUCUACGAAUCUCAAUGUUGGUGUAAUUGAGGACAACUCACUUGAAUCUUUAGUUGAUCGGAUUGAACGAUUAUGGGUUGUUGACGAUAUUACAUCAAAUCAUCAUAAGCUUCAAGUGGAUGAUAUUAUCGAAAAACACAUUCGGAAAAAUGGCACGCGAUAUGAAGCAUCAUUGCUAUGGAGAAACGACGAAUGCACUAUUGAUAACAACCGCGGUGGCGCUCUCAAAGGACUUCGACGUUCAUUGGUGAAGCUUAGUGAGGAUCCGGAAAAGUUAAGGCAAUACGAUGAAAUCAUACGGGAGAUGAUUUCAAGUGGUGUUGCAGAAAUUUGCGAUGAAGCAGAAAAAACCAACGAACGGACUUAUUUUAUGCCACAUCGACCGGUGUAUCGGGAGGAAAGAGAGACCACAAAAGCGCGUAUUGUGUUUAACGCAUCAGCACGAUCUGGUGGUAACCCCUCCUUAAACGACUUAUUGUGGUCAGGACCAAACCUUUUACCAGACAUAUUAAAAAUGAUUUUGAACUUCAGGCUUGGCAAACAUGGAAUUAGGGCCGAUAUCGAACGAGCUUUCUUGCAGAUAGAGCUGGCACAAAAGGAUCGAAAAGUACAUCGUUUUUUCUGGAUUUUAUCCUUGGAUGAUUUGCUUUCAAUAAUCAUUCUUCAAAUGAAUAGGGUAACCUUCGGAGUCACCUGCAGUCCGUUUCAUCUGAUUGGAGCAUUGUUGAAACAUUUGGAGGAUGAAUCAAUCAAUUUUCCUGAAACCUGUGAACUACUAAAAGAAUCGUUUUAUGUGGAUGACCUAAUCGUAAGUGUUGACGAUUUUGAAGACGCUGUAAAAUUGUUCAACGAAACACGUGAAAUAUUUUCCAGAGCAUCGAUGAACAUACGUAAAUGGAAGUCGAACAACGAGAAACUAAGGCAAAUUUUCGAUACAAAUGAAAGCAACAAUAUUUCAAAACACAAGGUGUUAGGACUCAUAUGGUUUAUGGAAAUUGAUACCCUUGCAGUGGAUCUGGAAAAGCUUAGUCAACAGAUAUCUUUCGAUGUAGUAACGAGACGAACCAUUCUUCAAACGUUAGCAUCUGUUUAUGACCCUUUGGGAAUGUUAUCACCAUUUGUCAUAAAAAUGAAGCUCAUUUUCCAAGAGGCUUGGAAACAAAGUUUGGCAUGGGAUGAAAUUUUACCGGCAUCAAUGCUGCACGAAUGGAAGAAAAGCGUAUCCGAAAUACAUUUACUACGAGCCCUUACGAUUUCUCCCUAUGUAUUCGAUUCACCACAUCAAGUUGAGAAGCAGCUACAUAUUUUCGCGGACGCGAGUCCAAAAGCUUACGGAUCUGUUGCAUACAUCAGAAGUAGAAAUUUGGAUGAAACCAUUCGCAUUUCGUUUUUAUAUGCAAAAAGUCGACUUGCGGCUAUUCGUGACAAACCCAUAACACUACCCAAAAUGGAACUAUGUGCUGAUCUGGAAGCCGCAAGGAUGCGCUGCUAUCUUGUUGAAAAAUUAAGAGUGAAAUUCGAUUCAAUAUAUUUAUGGACCGAUUCAAAAAUUACUUUAUACUGGAUUCAUAGCAGUAAAUUCCAGAAAGAUGUAUUCGUUUACAACCGAGUUCAAGAAAUUCAGCAACUAACCGCUAACGACAACUGGAAUCAUUGCCCAGGAUCAAUCAAUCCCGCAGAUCUAUUGACUCGGGGUGUUUCUGCACAAACUCUACUGAGUUGCGAGACCUGGCUUAACGGACCGUCUUGGUUAUACAACGACAUUAGUGAGUGGCCCAUAUCCGACCAAGAUUUCGAAACUCCGAUGACCGCAGUUGAUUUUUGCCUUUUAACUAUUCCUCAGUCGACCACUCAAUCUGACUGUGCAGUACCUGAUAAUCCAAUACAAAUUGAACGAUUCAGCAAAUACCGGAGGCUUCUUCGUGUUACAGCUUAUGUGCUUAGAUACGUUGACCUGCUUCGAAAGAGAGUAGGUUUCAAAGAGCACCUGACUGCGGAUGAACUACGGAGAGCAGAACUGUUCUGGAUAAAAAGGGUUCAAUUUGAAGUUUUCAAAGAAGAAGUAAAUGCUCUUAGCAACCGGCAAUUGGUUCCUAAGUGUUCGAAGAUUUUGUCAUUAAACCCCUUUGUCGACAAUGACGGAAUUUUACGUGUAGGCAGCCGCCUAGGUGAAUUGGAGUUGGAAUUUGAUGAAAUGUAUCCAGUUAUUUUAUCGAAGAGCUCACACUUAACGUCUCUUAUCAUUAUCGAAGCUCAUGAAAAAACAUUUCAUCGUGGAACGAAUUUUAGGCUUGUUUAUCUGCGAAAACGAUUUUGGGUGAUCAAAGCUCGCCAAGCGGUCAAGACUAUAAUUCAUCGUUGUUUACUCUGCAAACGUAUGAAAGGAAAGGCAGGAAACCAACCAUUCGCACCUCUGCCUAAGAACCGAUUGUUAGCCUCGCGCCCUUUUGAAAUAGUGGGUAUCGACUUCGCAGGCCCAUUAUUUGUUCGCAGUUCUUCCAAUGAGAGCAACCGGAAGGCUUACGUAUUGCUUAUCACUUGUGCGGUCGUACGAGCCGUGCAUUUAGAAUUGACGCCAGAUCUGACCACAGAGUCUUGUGUGCUAGCAUUACGGCGAUUCUUUGCCAGACGAGGUGUACCAAACGUUAUAUAUUCGGACAAUGCAAAAACUUUUAAAAGAACGACAUUGGAGUUUCAACAGUUGAGGACGACGAUACAAUCUGAAACUUUCCACAACUAUUUAGCAGAAAACAACGUUAAAUGGCGUUUCAUUGUGGAAAGAGCUGCCUGGUGGGGCGGUUUUUGGGAGAGAUUGGUACGAAGCGUUAAAGACGUUCUAAAAGUAGCGAUUCAGCGAUCUACGUUAACUUUUGACCAGCUAUAUACUUACUUAACUGAAGCGGAAUUCGUGAUUAACGCUCGACCACUUACCUAUGUUAGUGACAACGAACGCGACCUCUCUCCUUUAACGCCUGCUCAUUUUUUGCUCGGUACUUUUCCUUCAAGCUUAACAACAGCUUCGUUUCAAGAAGCCGACAAAAACAUUCGAGCUAAGUGGAAGGCACGAUUUCGCUUCGCAGAUUCAUUUUUUAAACGAUUUCGGACGGAAUAUGUUCAAUUACUUCGGUCAGCGCAUCAUGGGCCUACAAAAUUCACACGUGAAUUGAAAGUCGGCGAUGUUGUGAUAGUACACGACGCUUCUAUUCCACGGCUUUUUUGGAAGCUGGCGACCAUUGAAAGGGUAUUUGUCGGCCGAGACAACCGAAUCAGUUCAUGCGAGCUACGUCUUCAUAAUGGAGUUCUCUUGAAGAGAUCAAUUCAGCAUUUAUUUCCAUUAGAAGUAAAUUAA